AUGGCGGGCGCGUUAAAUCUACCCAAAUGGCUCAAAGACAAUUCGCACCUGCUCAAGCCGCCCAUUAACAACUAUUGUGUCUACGCCCCUUCGUCCUCUACCGGCGGUCUGACUGUCAUGGUUGUCGGCGGGCCAAACGCUCGAACAGACUAUCACAUCAAUACCACUCCCGAGUUCUUUUAUCAGCAUAAGGGCUCCAUGCUGCUGAAAACCAUGGACACCUCCACCACACCGCAUACGCCCGUUGACGUCCCCAUUCACGAGAACUCCAUGUUUCUGCUACCUCCCAACACUCCUCAUAACCCUGUCCGGUUUGCGGACACCGUGGGUGUUGUACUUGAACAGCCCCGGCCGGAAGAAUCUGUUGACACGCUGAGGUGGUAUUGCAAGAAUUGUCACAACAUUGUCCAUGAGGCAAGCUUCCACCUCACAGACCUGGGCACACAGAUCAAGGAAGGUGUCUUGGCGUUUGAGAACAAUAAGGACGCCCGGACAUGUAAAAAUUGUGGCACAGUUGCAACAUCGAAACCAGCACCAGGUGAGAUUCAACAGCCUCCGAGGUUCCCGGACGAAUGA